AUUCACACAAUCCUACCAUGGCCUCCUCGACCACACACUGGACUCCUCUGGUCUCCGCUAAGAUUUCGGAGGUCCUCGCCGACACCAAUUUCAUAGUGCCAACUACGGAGUUCUCAUCGAUCGCCUCACCGGACUCCGUCUUCGCUUCCGGGAUCGACCACACCUUGCUGAAGCCGGAGGCCACGCUAGCACAGAUCGACUCGUUGUGCGCACAGGCGAUCAAAUACAAAUUCAAGUCGUGCUGCGUCAAUGGGGCCAAUGUCGGUCGCGUGUCAAAGAAUCUAGAGGGAAGCGGCGUCCUCACAUGCGCUGUGAUUGGAUUCCUGCUUGGCGCAGGAACGUCUGCAUCCAAAGCAUUUGAGGCCGCCGACGCCGUCAAGCACGGUGCCCAUGAAAUCGACAUGGUGGUCAACAUCGGUGCCCUCAAAUCCGGAGACUAUGGCCUCGUUCAUGACGAUAUCCGGGCCGUCGUCGUUUCAGCGGCUGUUCCCGUCAAGGUGAUCCUCGAGACCGUCUUUCUCUCGGACGAGGAGAAGAUCGCUGCCUCAUUCCUAGCAGCCGAUGCCGGUGCCGCCUUCGUCAAAACAUGCACUGGUUUCCUGGGCGGAGGUGCUACUGCCGGGGAUGUCUUGUUGAUGCGCAAGACCGUCGCGUUCAAGGAGGGUGUGAAGGUGAAAGCAUCCGCAGGAAUUCGCAGCUUUGAAAAGUGUGUGGAGAUGUUCAAGGCAGGGGCCGAGCGCAUUGGAACAUCUUCUGGUGCUGCUAUCAUGGAAAGUGUCGACGUAGCAGCCGGCUCGUAUUGACCCAAUCCGAUAAGAUUGAAUCCCUGGCCGAAUGAUGUUGUUACAAAUGAGGACAUUCCGGUUUCACAGUCCUUCACCAAUCAUUCUUGCGGGAGCCUCCACCCAUGCUCUCCAAGCCUCGACGAAAGCAGCAAGCUCGGCACCUUCAACGACUCGAUGAUCCGCAGUCCAAGAUACGGGCAGGCGCAGCCUCCUAGCACCUUUCAGACCCCUGCUUUCGUCCCAAUAAGUCUCCGACACGUCCCAGAUCCACUCAGCUCGACCGAGAGCAACGAUGGCCAAUCCUCCACUUGGCACGAGGACCGGAGACGCGCCUUCUCCUUUCCCAGCUGCUCCAACGUUGCUCACACUCACUGUGCCAGAGCCGAGAUGAGCAGCGGUCAGGCCGGAAGGAGUGCGUCGGCCCAAUGCCGCGAGAUGUGUCACAGUGCUGGCCAGAGAGUACACCGAUUGUGUGUCGGCAGCACGGAGUAAAGGAGUAUAUAAGCCCGUCGGUGUCGCCAGGGCGAGCGCAAUAUCGGCGUGAGACCGGAUAGUAAGGGACGGUUUAGCCGCAUUCGGAGUGAUGGACGCGCGGAAGAGCGGCCAAUCCAUCAUGGUCCGCGCCAAGGUCUUGAGCAAAAACGGCAGGUAUGUCAUCCGGGUGAACCUCCCAGUCUCUGGAAUAUCGGGUGUCGUAGGCACCGCAACACCCAA